UUGUUCCAUCGAGCAAGUUCCUGGGCAUCAAAACAAACACACACACACAUACAGAGAAGCUAAAGUCAGUGACAGCUACAGCUGUCCAGUCUGCUGCUGCCUCACCAUGCUACUGAAAUCAUGUUGCAUUUACGGCACCGGCGUUGUUUCUAUAUUAAUGUUGAUUUUAGGCAUUUCUCUGGUGUUGUCUAACGUCUUUCCGCACUUUGUGCAGUCGCUGGUCACAAAGGAAAUAAUUUUGAAGAAUGGCACGGAGGCGUUUGAGGCCUGGGAGAAUCCGCCAGCUCCUAUUUACAUGCAGUUUUAUUUCUUUAAUCUGACAAAUCCCCUGGAGGUGCUGGAUGGAGACAGGCCUGCUGUGGUGGAGAUCGGACCUUAUACAUACAGAGAGUACCGGCCUAUGGAGCAAGUCAACUUCCAGGAUAAUGGCACCAAAGUAACAGCUGUCAACACAAAGACGUACAUAUUCCAGCCCAACAUGUCCCGAGGUUCAGAGAGCGACCUCAUCAGGACAGUCAACAUCCCUGCAAUGACGGUGAUGGAGAAAUUCAAGGAUGAAUUUAUUCCAGCUAAUAUAAUCUCCUCCUACAUGAGGGGCACAGGUCAAGGCCUCUUCACCACCCGCACAGUAGGAGAGCUGCUGUGGGGAUAUGAAGACGGCCUGCUCAAAGCACUGAAAAUAUUUGAUCCUGAGCUGGAUGAUGUUUUUGGACUCUUCUAUAAGAACAAUGCUUCCAACGAUGGCGAAUAUGUUUUCUACACUGGCCAACAAAACUACAAGGACUUUGCUAGAGUGGAUACAUGGAACGGUGAAAGCUCGCUGAAUUGGUGGACGUCUGAUGAGUGCAAUAUGAUCAAUGGAACCAAUGGAGCGUCUUUCCAUCCAGCCAUCACCAAGGAUGAGACGCUCUACAUGUUCUCCUCUGACCUGUGCAGGUCUCUGUACGCACUGUAUGAGGGGGAUGUGACCGUGAAGCGGAUCCCUGGGUAUCGCUUCAGUCCCCCAAGUGAGGUGUUUGCCAAUAUGACCGUGAACCCGGCCAAUGCAGGCUUCUGUGUGCCUGCUGGAAAUUGCCUGGGCUCCGGCGUGCUGAAUGUCAGCGCAUGUAAACAAGGAGCUCCCAUCAUAAUGUCCUCACCACACUUCUACCAGGGAGAUAGAAAAUUUGUCCAGGAUGUCUUUGGCAUGAAUCCUAAGAAGGAGCACCACGAGACCACGAUUGAUAUCCAUCCGCUCACAGGAAUCAUCUUGCAAGCAGCAAAGCGGAUCCAGAUCAACGUCUACAUCGAGAAAAUUCCCACCUUCAGUCCAACUGGAAACGUGAGGACGGUGAUCUUUCCUGUGGUUUAUCUCAAUGAGAGCGUCGUCAUUGACGACGCGUCAGCCCUGAAGCUGGGAAAGAUUGUCGUCGAGGAUAACGUGAUGGUGAACGCUCCGUUCAUACUGAUUGGUCUAGGCAUCGUUCUGGGAAUCAUUUUCAUGUUCCUGAUGUGUCGACAGAAGGUCCCCGAGAGCACUGCUGCUGAGCGACAGCCCCUGCUCUCAUCGUAGCAUCAAACACGAUGUGAAAGGAAGAGCACUGGCAUGUUACAAUUCAACAUUUCAAAGGUUCAGUCCAUCUGCAGUUUUUUCCCCCCUUAACCUCCAAGUAACACUUUGGAUUAAUAACCACAAUCUGUUUUUUAAUGUUUUUUUGUUUUUUUUAAUCAAAUGGUUUUAGGAAACUCGAGGAAGAGGAGUAUACCUCUUGUGUUGUUUGUUACAGGGUUGAGGUUAAUGUCUGUAAUGAUGCUAAAAUCCUUAUUUUUAAAAAUUAAAUUUUGAGUUCAGUAUAUUUUUCUUUUUACUCCUGGAUUUUGGAUUGAAACAAUAUGAAUUGAGUAAUUCAGAUCUCUUGCCAAAUCUUAGAAUUAGAAUUAAAGCUGCAAGCAGCGACGUACGGGCCCUCGCACGUGCGCACGCCGGGGUAGGCGCUGGACACCGUCCCACACGCAUUGCACACACGUCCGUCAAGUGUAGAGCAGGACGCAAGUAUCCCCAAUGGCAGGGGGGUUUUGAAAAUUUGUAGGGGGCGCUAUAGAGCCGUUUAGCUCCGCCCACACACGAUACCCUUCACAUAUGUACGAGGUCGUCAGGGUGGACGUGUGUGCCAAGUUUCAUGACUGUGCGAUGAUGAAAAGGUGUUCAAACCGCAAACGCCAUCACACGACUUUCGCCGUCUGGCCACACCCACACCGUAUGAGGUGGCGUCAUUGUUUUCACCAGGAAGCGUCACCAAGUCCUGAAGCCCUACAUGGGCCAAUUUGAUGACACUGCAGUGCUCCAGAUAGGCGUGAUCAUAGACAUAUAUACAUAGACGCCGCAUUGAGCGGGUUGGUCGCUGGUCGCGGAUACGGGCCAUAUUGGAGGUGGCAGAUCUGCCCGUAAACUAAUAAAA